AGUGGGUGGACGAGGUGAGUUGUUUCUUGCUGGUGGCUCGGGAUGCGUUUCGUGUGGUGAUUUCUAUUGGGGAUUCCGCUAUCAUCUUAUCAGCUGCCGCGGUCCGUACUGUUAUUCCCGCGAUUAUCGACGUAUACCGCAGUAUCUGUUGGCUAAUCUGCCAAAUUAUCGGUCGUUUAUCUCUUGUAAUGCGAAGCUAAUGAGCAAAUGCAGAUAGUGAGUGGCCGAUCGCAAAGUGAUUUCUGUGUUUUAUGUGGAAUUGCGAGCCGAGUUUUGUGAUUUUUAGGUGAAGUGACGAACACAAUGCAAAUGUGCUCUGGAAUGUGGUGAUAUUCGAGUGAUCGAUGCAUUUAUCGUUAGUGGGGAGCAGACGAGCGCUGCAGCGAAGUAGAAAUUGAUCCCGAACGUGGAGCGCGCUUGGCACCAUGACGAGUUUAUCAAAGACAAAUAUUAUUAAAGCGGCAGGGGAGCCGGCAGCUAUCAAGCAUAGGGUUUUAUUAUUAAUUAUCCUGCUGUUUGCUGUGAAGCAGAAUCUAUCGGAAGAGGCGAUUCCUAUAUCCACCCCACCCGCAAUAAUUGAGUCAUCGACAGAGAGAAGCAACGCCACGCUGCCGGUUAGUCCUUGUCUGUAUGCCGAAGAAGAGCUAUGCGUGGCCCUUGCUGCGACCUUAGAUCCUCAGGCACCAUGCCAGUGCCAGCCGCAUCCUAGCAUUGCAAAUUUUCUGGUUUGCUGCAAUGUCACCGAUAUCUCAAGGAUUGUCUCCUGCACGUCGAAUCCGUCCAAAGACACCAAUGCCACAUUGUGGCAAAAUAUUCAUGUCCGUAAUGCGACAUUCAACGAAUUGGACGUUUCGCAUAAUGCGUGGAAACUGCUGCGUUCGCUGUCGAUUACGGACGGCAAUAUCAAGAAGAUAACAAACGAAUUUACGAAGUUUUCGAUGCCAAAAUGCCUCAAUGUUUCGAAUAACAACUUAACUGAAAUCUACCCCAGAGCAUUUACGAAUUUAACACAGUUGCAAGUUCUAGACAUAUCUUUUAACAAUUUAUCUCGGAUCCCGAAUUUAAGCGUGCAGACGAAUUUGACGGUUAAUAUUAAGGGAAAUACAGGUGUUCUAUGCGCAUCUGUUUUGGAAUCAAUAGAACGCAGUGCCUUAACCUAUAUCGAGCCUGAUUCAACCUCUUGCCUUAUGAACCAAUCAUUUAUAUGGUUCAACACAACCGAAAACGUGCCUUUGACCCAACUGUUAUCUAUGAAGCAGCUGAAUUCGGAAUGCCCUGUUAUACCGGGUCAUGGCAAGUGUACCUGCGAAAAGGACCAAAUGACAUAUGAAUUGAAAGGCAGUGAAGGGAAGCUAAAGUUUCGUGCUAAGGUAGACUGUUCUGGACUUGGCUUGACAGAGCUACCUAAAGUACUCCCAGCAAACACGAUCAUGUUGAAUGUAUCGAAUAAUAAUAUAACAAGCAUAUCAAAUUACUUCCAAGAUGUUCCAAGCUAUUUCGAAGUUCGACGCUUUUAUGCUGAUAACAAUCAGAUAUCUAAAAUGGAUGAAUUCGAGGGAUCAACAUUCAUCGGAGCAUUCGAAGCGCUUCAUCUACGUAAAAAUAACAUUGACAAGAUUCCAGACUAUUUACUGUCAAAUUACAUAUUAGACAACAACCCCGACGGAAGAGUUCUCUACCUCGGCGGAAAUAAACUGAUUUGUGACUGCAACUCAGCGAAGGUCCUAAGGAUGUGGCUGCUGGCUCGCCACAACAACAUACCGGAUUAUGAUCAAAUCUUGUGUCGUAAUUUACCGCAAAAAGUCUACGAGUUAUCUGAAGUGAAAUUGUGUCAAUCGCAACACGACUGGACCGACUACAUUUACUAUUUAAUCGCGUCAGAAGUGCUGCUUCUGAUGGCGUUAGUUCUAAAAGUAUCUUAUGAUUAUUGGGUAUUCAAAACGGCUGGCUACCUACCCUGGCCUGCAAGCAAAAUGCCCAAAUUGCCAUGUGACUGGUUAUGUGAGUCCUAAUAAGAGAUUACUUGAUGUUGUGCCUUCUUAUGUAGACUCCGUUUCCCUUUAGUUUGUAAGUGAAACUUGUAACGCAUGCGUUUUUGUGCCUCUUUUCUAGCUGUGUCUAACCUAGUUCGUAAGUUGAAAGGGAGAUUAGAGGAGAAUAUUGUGAUAAUUUGCAUAUUUCUACAUCAUAUAUAUUUUUAUCAUUUGUGCAAUCAUGGAUUAUAUUGAAACGAAUAAACGAAAUUGAUCAUGCUAA